GGCGUGAAUUGGGACGUGACCAAGCAAGCCAACCAGCAAGCCGGUUACUCGGCAUCCGAGGGGGAAUCUUACGUUCCUUCCUUCCCAAUGGAGCUGUUACAGCAGAGAUAGGCAGAAUAAUCGCAUCACCCAGUUUACUAAGUGGCCUAAGACAGUCUGGCCAUGGGUGAUACGGAGUUGGAUCUUUCCCCUUCCCAGCUGGAGGAGCUGCAGAAAAGCCCAUCAGCCUCCUCCACCUCCACUACCUCGUCUCUCUCCCUCCCAUCCUCUCCAUCGUCUGGUCCUCGUCCGUUCACCAGCUCCAGCCCCAGUGCCAGUGAUAGUCUGCCAGCAUCCAGCCCUCCACUGGACGUUAUAUCCGAGGGCGUGGGAGAGCUGAGCCUGGUCAUUGAUACUGAGGUGGCUAAGAAAGCCUGCCAGGAGGUUUUGCAGAAGGUCAAAUUCCUCAAAGUAGAUUCAGAACCUGCUUCCACUGCUGUUGAGCCCAAACUCGUGAAUGGAACCUCGCACACUGAUCCUUCAGAUGGAGACAGCGAUGGAUUAGAAAAGCCUGUGAAAAUCACAGAGGAGGAGCCUUCCUCAGGCACGGUGAAGAGUGCUCGCCGGCGCCAGAAGAACAACACCUCCAAGCAGUCGUGGCUUCUGAGGUUGUUUGAGUCCAAACUUUUCGACAUCUCCAUGGCCAUCUCCUAUCUGUACAACUCCAAGGAGCCGGGAGUGCAGGCCUACAUCGGCAACCGGCUCUUCAGCUUUCGUAACGAGGACGUGGACUUCUACUUGCCUCAGCUGCUCAAUAUGUACAUCCACAUGGACGAGGAGGUGGGCGAUGCCAUCAAGCCCUAUGUGGUGCACCGCUGCCGCCAGAGCAUCAACUUUUCCCUGCAGUGCGCCUGGCUGCUGGGGGCCUACUCUUCUGACAUGCACAUCUCUACGCAGCGCCACUCUCGUGGUACCAAGCUGCGUAAGCUUAUCCUGUCAGAUGAGCUCAAGCCUGCCAGCCAGCGCGCACGCAGGGAGGUUCUGCAGCCUCCCCCGCCCUGUCCCCAUCCCCUUCACCACGGGCCGGGCCUGAGCGAACACAGCCUCUCACCCUCCAAGCGCACCCACCAGCGCUCCAAAUCCGACGCCACCGUCAGCAUCAGCCUCAGCAGCAACUUGAAGAGAACAGCCAGCAAUCCUAAAGUUGAGAGCAGUCAGGAUGAGGACAUGAGCUCCAGCUCCGACAGUCUCGAGUUAGAGGCUGGUACACCUGUACGUUUGACUCCUCAGCGAGAGUUCAUUAAAUCUCUGAUGGGGAUUGGAAAGAGACUGGCCACUUUGCCCACCAAAGAACAGAAGACGCAGAGACUCAUCUCAGAGCUGUCACUGCUCAACCACAAGCUGCCCGCUCGAGUCUGGCUGCCCACGGCAGCUUUUGACCAUCAUGUGGUGCGUGUACCGCAUACGCAGGCUGUCGUGUUGAACUCUAAAGACAAGGCACCGUACUUAAUCUACGUAGAAGUUCUGGAGUGUGAGAACUUCGAAACUUCCAGUGUACCAGUAAGGAUCCCAGAGACGCGAAUCCGCAGCACACGCUCUGUAGAGAAUCUUCCAGACUGUGGCAUCACGCCAGACCAGAGAGCCAGCAGCUUCUCCACUGUCCCCAACUAUGACAAUGAUGAUGAAGCCUGGUCUGUGGAUGACAUUGGAGAGCUGCAGGUUGAGCUGCCAGAGAUCCACACUAACAGCUGUGACAACAUCUCCCAGUUCUCUGUGGACAGCAUUACCAGCCAGGAGAGCAAGGAACCCAUUUUUAUUGCUGCUGGAGAUAUCAGGCGACGUCUCUCAGAGCAGCUUGCCCACACACCAACCACAUUUAAAAAGGACCCAGAGGAUCCCUCAGCAGUAGCCUUAAAAGAGCCCUGGCAGGAGAAGGUUCGACGAAUCCGAGAAGGCUCCCCUUAUGGUCACCUACCCAACUGGCGUCUCCUUUCAGUUAUUGUGAAAUGUGGUGAUGAUCUAAGACAGGAACUCCUUGCUUUCCAAGUUCUGAAACAGCUGCAGUCUAUCUGGGAGCAGGAGCGAGUCCCCCUAUGGAUUAAGCCCUAUAAGAUCCUGGUCAUCUCCUCUGACAGCGGUAUGAUUGAGCCAGUGGUCAAUGCUGUGUCCAUUCACCAAGUGAAGAAGCAGAGUCAGCUCUCACUGCUCGACUACUUCCUACAGGAACACGGCAACUACACUACAGAGGCCUUCCUCACCGCUCAGCGUAACUUUGUGCAGAGUUGUGCUGGCUACUGUCUCAUCUGCUAUCUGUUGCAGGUUAAGGACAGGCACAAUGGGAACAUCCUGCUCGACUCCGAGGGUCACAUUAUUCACAUUGACUUCGGAUUUAUUUUGUCAAGCUCUCCCAGAAACUUGGGCUUUGAAACAUCGGCCUUCAAACUGACCAAUGAAUUUGUAGAUGUUAUGGGAGGUCAAGAUGGAGACAUGUUCAACUAUUACAAGAUGCUCAUGCUUCAGGGCCUCAUCGCUGCACGUAAACACAUGGAGAAAGUCAUCCAGAUAGUGGAGAUCAUGCAACAAGGCUCUCAGCUGCCCUGCUUUCACGGCUCCAGCACUAUCCGCAACCUGAAAGAGCGUUUCCACAUGAGCCUGACUGAGGAGCAGCUGCAGGUGCUGGUGGAGCAGAUGGUGGACGGCUCCAUGCGCUCCAUUACCACCAAGCUGUACGACGGCUUCCAGUACCUCACCAAUGGCAUCAUGUGACUGGGCGUGGGAGUGCUGUCGGAAGCGCGUGCCGUUGUUGGACUAGAAUGUUUUUGGAACUGGAAAAGGCUGCAUCACUUUCAGGAGCCACUCCCGAACCCUUUCUUGAACCUUUCCCCAUCUGCCAGCGCAGCGUGUUUGUACGCCCAGACUGAGUUUUGAUCAUGGAUUUUAUACCCUGACUGAAGAGCUCUCAGCUGUGAAGUUUUGCUAUGUCUUUUUUUUCUUUUUCUUUUUUCCUUUUUCCUUAUCAGUAGCUAAUCUCUAUGUUUGAACCCCCUGCCCUUUUUGUUAUGUUGUAAUGCAUUUCUCUGGAUAUGCUUUUGGAAUCUUCUUUGAUCCAGUAUCCUAGUGCCUCGUUUGAAACAUUAGCCUGAGGCUCCUCUCCGCUUUGACUCUCGCUGCUUUUGUACUCUUCCUCCUCCUCCAUGUGCUGUGUACUUACUGUCUUAAAUCCCCAUGUGUUCCUAAGCAUUUCUGUGUGUCUGUAUCACUAAUGCUUUUUUUAUUUAUGUAGAGUGAACUACUUACAAUGUUCACACUUACAUACGUAAUGCAAUCACCACUGAGACAACAACAGAUUCGUGGACAAACUGACUAACGUGUUGAGGAAUGUGCUGUACCGUGCUCUACAGUAUGAGGAGAAGACGGUGGGUAAACAGCACAUCAGAAUCUUCAGUGGAGUUUUCCAGUUUUGUCUCAUCAGUGUUAUUUUAGCUACAGUUUCGGAGAACCACACAUUAUGACGAUCUCUCUCUUACUUGUGCACAGUAAAAGUGGCCCAAAUCUGACCCCCCCCCCCCCCCCCCCCCCCCCCCACCCCCCAAAUCCAAAUUGUACUUCUAGUCUGUACACACUAACAUUUUAAUGUGACUUAUAUGUGACGCACAUGGCCCAAGGAGAAAUGAUUGCCAGACUCGGAGGACAUAUUGGGUACUUGGGUCAGUGGCUGACAGCUGAGCUUAUCACUAAGAAUGCAUUCACUGAGAAUGAGUUCACAGUAAAAGGGCAUGUUAUUCAUUGUCUCUGCUUUGGUUUGUGUUCUUGGCUUGUUUAAACUUUGUUUCUAAGCUUUUUAUUGUCCUUUAAUUCCACAGCAGCAUCCUUCCCAGAUAAUGCAGCGUUCUACCAUUUCAUUAUGAAUAUGACGUGGCUAUGACGUGGCUAUGGCCUUCUAAUAUUAUUCGAACAGAGACAUCACCCCAAUGAGUCUGGUACCUCUUUGUCCCACCACUGUCAUCCAAAAAUAAAAAUAAUAAAAAAAACAAUCUCCAUCACAUAAAGUAACAUGAAUUACAAUCUGGCUGUUCAGAUGGAGUUGCAUUGCAGGAAUUGGAUAUGUAUUGGAUUUCAGUACCACGUGUGAAAGCAGCAAAAAUCAUUUGAAAAUGUGUAAUUAAGUGUGUUGCACACGUUGAAAAAGUUCAGAUUUGGGCCACUUUAAUCUGCUAUUUGAACGUAGCCUAAAAUCUCUAGCUCUUUUUUUUUUUUUUUUUUUUUUUUUUUUUUUAAACCAGUUACAAAAUCACUACUCAACUUGCAGCAUCCUAACAAAUAAAAUUAAAACUUGCUGAUGCACUAAAGCAUGAGUGUGAUACAAUCCUGAAUAUGUCUGGAGACAUUAGUUUGAUUCCAGCGAGGGAGUGUAAAAGCAUAGAUUUACCAAAAGUCCACUUCUAACCUUUUGAAGUAUUAAAAGUGAAAGCUUGAGAGGCAAAAACACUAUUUAUUGCCUAUUGACAUCUUCCUGCAUACUUACAUGAUAAGACAACUGUCUGAUUUGCUUUUAUUGUAGUUUUUUUUUUGUCUGAUCUGAGAUGCCCCUGUACAGAUAUUCAUAACCUGAAUUUCAAACUUUUAAAAUGUGCAUGGACUCCUCUUGUGUCAGAAUGAUGGGGAGCUGUGUUUAAAUAUUAACAUCUUUCUGUGUUAUUAAACUAGGGCUGUGUUCAGACUUAAAAUAGUCAAAUAUGAUCUGUUCAGGUAACUGUUGCUCUGUUAUUGGAAAGUGAUCAGAUCUGAUUUGUGUUGCUGAAAUUACAGAGGCUUAAUGGUGGCUUUGGUGCGCUUUCUGGAUCACCGCUUCUGUCAUUUUGGACUUGACACUUGAAGACACAUUGAAGACACCUUGAAAUCAGAGCAAAUUUGAGCGGCCAGACUGAGACUGAAUCACAUUUUAAGCCACCUUCCAAUGUGGUUCCUGGCUGUCCACACUAUCAAAAAUAAACCAGGAUUUAAUCUAGAUAUGCCAAAAAUCAUAUUUGGGCUGGGAGUCUGAACAUAGCCAUAAUGUAAGUGCUUGAAGAUGGACAGUUGUGUGAAUGAGAGGCAGAAAAAUGCAAGGGCUAUAAAUAAGUGGACGAAAUCAACAGAUUUUUAAUCUGUUAGUUUUAGGUUAUUAAACAGAGCUAAACGCACAGGUUUGAAGCUAUAUUUCAGAUAUAGAUAUUUUAUCAUUAAAAUAUAAAAUAUAUUGACCUAUUAAAAGGACUUGUUUUUCCCUGCUCAAAACAAGGCUAACCAUUUUAAUUCACCUUCCCAGGGAAAGCCCAGUUGUUGCAGAUCAUUUGGACAUGGUUGAAUAAGGCGUUUAGGACAACGUUUCGCUCUCAUUACUGUUUUCUACUACGUUUCGUUUGUGUGUCAGAACCUUUUCUUUCCUUUGUAACUUGAUAGAUGGACCAGCUCUUACGAUGACGUAAACAACCUCCCUUAACUUGUGAAUGUUCCUUUGUAUAAUAAAUUAAAUGUAUCUGUUUCACA